CGUGAUCUCAACGAAUAAAUAUUUGUAACAUAAUAUACCGAAGUAAUAUACCAAAAUAUGUAUUAUCGUUCGCGAAGUCCUAUAUAAGAUACGUGUGAAACUUCAUUGCAGAACAUUGCAAUACAGUAUGAAGAUUCUACUGGCACUCGUCGCACUGAUCGCUUCGGUCUGCAGCGGUUAUACAUUCAUGGAUAUGGUUAAGAAGUACAUGCAGCCAGCCGGAGAAAGUCCCGAAUUCUGGGGUAACGACAAAUACGAUUUCGUCGUCGUAGGAGCUGGUUCGGCAGGCUCCGCGAUUGCCAAUCGCCUGUCGGAGAACAAGAGAUGGAGAGUCCUGCUGUUAGAAGCGGGGUACCCGCAAAACAUACUCAACAAGAUUCCCCUCUUGGUCGGCUAUUACCAAUUGACCGAUUUUAACUGGGGCUACAAGAUAGAGCCGCAGAAGAACGCCUGUUUAGGGAUGAUCGAUCAUCAGUGCUCCUGGCCACGUGGCAAAGCUCUGGGCGGAACGAGCACCUUGAACUAUAUGAUCCACACGCGCGGCAACAAGCAAGAUUAUGACAAAUGGGCCAGUCUAGGCAACGCGGGUUGGUCCUAUGAGGACGUUCUUCCAUAUUUCAAGAAAAGCGAGAGGUUCAAUAUACCAAGGAUAUGGGCUGAUGACAGUGAUGAAGAUGAAUUAUCUGCUAGGCCAUCUUUUAAAACUUUUAAUAAAGGACCAAAAAACUAUAGAGCACCUGUUAGUUUUGUUGCUGGUGGUAUUCAACAAGCAGGGAAAUCAAAGGAUGAAAAAGAAGAUAAUGAUGAGGAGGAAGAUGAAGAAGAGACACAAGAUUCAAAACAUCAGGAUGAUUCAAGCUCAGAAGAUGAGAGGUCAAGUAACUCAAAAUCACAACCGUCUUUCUCUUUGAAUUUGGAGGGCGACAUUGCAGGUUUACGUAAAAAGCGGAAUCAAAUAAAUCCAUUAUUGAUAAAAAGUGGAGUGGGCAGUUGGGAAGUACAUACAAAAGGUAUUGGCGCUAAAUUGUUACUGCAGAUGGGAUUUGAGCCUGGGAAAGGUUUAGGCAAACAGUUGCAAGGAAUUAGCGCACCAGUGGAAGCGCACCUCAGAAAGGGAAGAGGUGCAAUUGGUGCUUAUGGUCCUGAAAAGGUGCCCAAAGUACCAGAUGUAAAAAAAGAUGAGGAUGGAGAGGAAGCAAAAGAACUCAAAUCCAAAGUGUCUCAAUGGCGAAAAGGUGAUAGUAACAAGAAGAAAACAAAAUAUCAUUACAGAAGUGUGGAUCAAGUUUUAGAAGAUGGGAAAUUGAAGCCAAAUAGAAAACUUCCAGUGUCUAAUGAAAUGAGUAGGGUCAAGGUGAUAGAUAUGACAGGGCCAGAGCAAAGAAUUCUCAGUGGAUAUCAUGCGAUCGCAGGUGGGCAGCAGUGUCCCGACGAGAUUGUAAUCACGCCCGAUAAAAGGGCCAAAGUAAAUUUUGCCCUACCUGAGUUACAACAUAACUUAAAUUUACUCGUGAAUAUGUGUGAGCAAGAUAUUAUUCAAAAUGAUCGGCGGAUGAGAUAUUUAAACGACAGAGUGGUUGCUCUAGAGGCAGAAAAAAAGAACUUGUCGAAAGUCGUCGAUCAAAAUAGCCAACUGAUUGAUACUUUGGAGAAUGUGCUCGUGAUUGUGGACAGGUUAAUGAACGAAACGAAUGAAUUGACUUUGCAAGAAACUGCUGAAGCUUUUAAAAAUUUAGAAGAUAAUUAUUACGAAGAGUAUAAAAUGUACGAGCUUGGUGAAUUAGCCAGCAGUUUCGUGGCUCCGAAGAUAAAAGAUUGUUUGUUAAGCUGGAAUCCACUGAUGGAACCAAAGAAACCAAUUAAAUUGUUUGAAGAGUGGAAGGAUAUUUUGGAAAAUGGAACUAGCACUACGCUUCAAACACGAGCCAUGCAUCCAUAUGAUCAACUAGUAUGGAACGCAUGGAUGCCAUCGAUCAGAGGAGCCAUACAGCAAUGGACAUGUAGGCAACCCGAACCUCUAAUCGAACUGAUAGAGCAUUGGAUGCCAUUAUUGCCCAACUGGAUCUUGGAAAAUAUACUAGAUUUGUUAAUAUUACCGAAAUUAACAUUGGAGGUGGAAGAAUGGAAUCCUCUUACUGAUACUGUACCUAUCCAUACAUGGAUUCAUCCAUGGUUACCAUUAUUGCGGAAUCGCUUGGAUACUCUAAUUUAUCCUAUAAUACGUAGAAAACUUGGAUCUGCUUUGGGAGGUUGGCACCCAUCGGAUAGAUCCGCCAGAUUAAUGCUGCAACCUUGGGCACAAGUAUUCGCCAAGGGCGACAUGGAAGCAUUCCUGGUGAAGAAUAUAAUUCCAAAGUUGCAGGUAGCUCUGUCCGAAUUUGUUAUAAAUCCGCAUCAACAGCAUUUGGAUCAGUGGAAUUGGGUGUACGAAUGGAAGGAUUUAAUCCCGUCUCAUGUAAUGGCGGGAUUGCUCGACAAGUUCUUCUUUACAAAAUGGCUGCAAGUCUUGGCUCUUUGGCUCAAUCAUUCUCCCAAUUACGAUGAAGUUACAACUUGGUACAUGGGUUGGAAGGGGAUGUUGAGUGACAAGUUACUAGCGGAACCAGCGAUAAAAGAGCACUUCAAGAAAGCGUUAGACAUGAUGAAUAGGGCCGUCACCGGAUCACAGAGUCAUCAACCCGGUGCAGUGGAACAGGUUUCGUACCUAACGAGCUUAGAGAGGACUCAACCGACGAUGUCGCAAAUAGCACCAAUUGCGCAACCGCGGAUAGAGAGACUCGCGGAGGCAGUGCGAACCGCCUUGCAGAUCCCGCAAGGUUUCAAGGAACUCGUGCAGAAGAAGUGCGAAGAACGUGGCAUAUUGUUUAUGCCGAUCCCGAACAGAUACAAGGAAGCCAAGCAGGUGUACAAAGUGGGCAACGUCCAAGCGUAUAUCGAUGGCAAUGUGUUGUUUGUAUGUCACAAUGGUACAAACUGGAUGCCGACGCAUUUAAAUGCCUUAUUGGAUAUGUCUGAACUUUAGGGAACGAUGUGAAAUUAGAGCCGCACAAUUGUUCCGAUUGUAUGAUAGCGAUUGUUGUAUUCAUACUGUAAAUAUGUUGUAAAAUAUUUCCUCUGAAGACUAUUGAAAAAGAUUGGUCGGAUAUAUUAUUGUGUAUCUGCAGGUUGUAUCCACCCAUAUUCACUCUAAGUACGUACGUAUUUAACUUUAAAUACGCUGAAAACCGUUUUUGCACUGCUAAAGCUGUACAAUGAAACGAUAUCAUAUUUUGCUACGUGCGCAUCUUUCACAAUUUUAUAUAAGCGUGCUUUUUUGAGUAGUCAAUAAACGGACAUUUACACGC